ACGGCACAAAUCCCACUGCACAUUUUUGAACUGCGUAGAGAGACCGGAGAGAUCGUGUGUAAAGCAGCGUGUGGCAAGAUAAUCUUCCAAACAUGGCAGAUGUUGUUAUUCUCGACGAAGAGUCAGCGCAAGAGGAAUCCACCAUUGAUGAAUCCGUCAAGUCCGAACCCGAGGAGACAUCUGAAGAAACACCCAACGGCGUGAAACCGGAGGCUGAUGAUACUAAUCCUGCCAAAGACAAGCAUGAGUCUAAAGAGAAGAACUCUGGGAACAGAAGAGGAAGCCGCUUCCAUCCUUACAAAGAGAAACAUGGUGGAGAAAAGAAGGGUUCUCAUAGGAACCGGGUGUUCAUCAGCAAUAUCCCAUAUGAUAUGAAGUGGCAGGCAAUUAAAGAUCUAAUGCGUGAGAAAGUUGGUGAGGUUACAUACGUGGAGCUCUUUAAGGAUGCAGAAGGAAAGUCAAGGGGUUGUGGUGUGGUUGAGUUCAGAGAUGAGGAGUUUGUGAAGAAGGCAAUAGAAACAAUGAAUAAGCAUGACCUGAGUGGAAGGCCACUCAACAUCAAGGAGGACCCUGACGGAGAACAUGCUCGGCGUGUGUUGCAGCGCAUGGGAGGAGGUCAACAGGGAGGUCGUGGGCAGGACAUGGGGCCUGGUGGGAUGAACAUCCCUCACUCCAUCACCAACAACCCCAACAUCCCACAUGACAUUAUUCUUGCUCUGCAAGCUGGACGAUUGGGCAACACAGUGUUUGUGGCCAAUCUCGAUUUCAAGGUGGGCUGGAAGAAGCUGAAAGAGGUGUUUGGAAUGGCAGGUGUGGUGAAGCGGGCAGACGUGAAAGAAGAUAAAGAUGGCAAGAGUCGCGGCAUGGGAACAGUGACUUUUGAGCAGCCACUGGAGGCUGUGCAGGCCAUAUCCAUGUUCAAUGGACAGAUGCUGUUUGACAGACAGAUGCAUGUUAAAAUGGAUGAAAAAUCUCUUCCCCCUGAUGAUUUCCAUCAAGUAGAGAAAUCUCCUCAGUUACCACGGGGUCUUGGUGGCAUUGGGAUGGGACUGGGACCAGGGGGGCAGCCUAUAAAUGCCAACCGUCUGAGUGGUGGAGGAGGAAUGGGCUCCAUGGGGCCUGGAGGUGGAGAUAUGGCCAGACUGACCUCAUCUUCUGCCAUAGGUAUGGAUGUUCAAGGUGGUGGUGGAAUGAACAGACUUGGAGGAGGAAUGAGUGGCAGCGGGGGCUAUGGGGGUAUGGAUAACAUGGGCAGCAUGGGCGGUUUUGGAGGGAGAGACAUGGCACCAGUUGGAAGGAUGGGAGACAUGUUCCGGUCAGGAAUGGGGGGAAUGGAUCGCGACUUUGGCCACAGUGACAUGUCAAUGAACCGAGGAUUUGGAGAUUCUUUCGGAGGAAUGGGUGGAGGUUUUGGCGGAGGCAUGAGCAGUGGUGGCAUGGGGCAUAUGGGAACUGGACUAGGCAGUGGAAUGGGAAACAUGUCGAUGGACCGGAUGGGCGGCUCCAACUUUGACCGUAUGGGCAUGUCAGGGAUGGACAUGAACCGUGGCUUUGGUGGCUACGGAGGCGGUGGACCGGGCCACAUGGGCGGGGGCAUGUUGGACAGAGGCUCCGGGUCCAAAGGCGGCUGUCAGAUCUUUGUGCGAAAUCUGUCCUAUGAUCUGACCUGGCAAAAGCUGAAAGAGAAGUUCAGUCACUGCGGCCAGGUUAUGUUUGCAGAGAUCAAGAUGGAGAACGGAAAGUCCAAGGGCUGUGGAACAGUGAGGUUUGACUCUCCUGAGAGUGCCGACAAGGCCUGCAGGAUGAUGAAUGGAACCAAGAUCAAUGGCCGAGAGGUGGAUGUCCGCAUUGAUCGCAACGCCUAGAGCUUUUGUAGUAAUCAUGCUAACACACUUCCACAUUCAGCCCUCUUGACGAUGAUCUUUUGUUUUGUUUUAAAAACACAAUUACUUCAUAUCUCCGUGUGUCCACCGUUUCAUUUUUUGUUUAUAUAAACUACAUAGCUCUUUUAUCUUUGUUUUGUAAACCCCUUUUUAAUUUGUUAGGCAGUUUAUUUGAACAAAUAAACUUUUUAAUUUUUAAACCUGGUGGUUGUAAAAUCUUCUGGGAUCAUCGAA